AUGCUGAGAGCGCGUAAAGGUCUGUGGGUGCUUUUAAGCGUUCUGCUGGCUUUCUGGAUAGAACGCGCCAUCAGCUUCCCUGUGAGACAUCACAAGAGAUCCAGAAACGGCGUCUACGUUGAAAAUCAGGUCCAAAAUCAUUUGGCAGAUUCACAUCCCCACCAACGAAGGUGGCUCCAGCAUCACUCUACAGGUGUCCUACCACUGCCAGAACCUGAGGAAGAAUCAAAACCCUUUGUCCUAGACUUCAAAAACUUGCCAGACCUGGCAAAUGCUGACAUUGGCUCCCAAAACCCGAACAUUCAGGUGACCAUCGAAGUUUUGGAUGACCCCCCCAUGGAUGUAGAGAUGGAUCUGGUUAAAGAAUGGAGCAAUGACUGGUCCACAUCUUCUCCCUCCUCCACUGUAGAAUGGCUGGGUGGGAAGAAGCUUUUCUGGCCUUUAUUUUGGGGCUAUACAGAUGCAGAUUCGGGCGAGGAUGGUACAGGACAAGCUGAGGAUGAAGAAGAUGAUUAUGAUUAUGAUAGUGGGGAACCCAUCCCUAGUGGGCUUGGCAAGACAGAUGGCGACUGGACUCAUAACCGUUAUGAAGAGAAAGAAGAAGAAUGGAGCACAUGGAGCCCCUGUAGUGUCACUUGCGGACAUGGCAACCAGACCCGCUCACGUUCCUGUGGGGAUUUCUGCACAUCCACUGAGUCCCAAAGCUGUGACCUUGUUCCAUGCCCAGAUGAUUGGAACAGUGUGGGUCAUGUCUUUCCUUUUGAGAUGGAAAAUGGUACAGAACCCUAUGGCACAGAUGUGGACAGCUGUGAGAAGUGGUUGAACUGUAAGAGUGAGUUCCUUCAGCGUUACCUGCAGCAGGUGUUUACCGAAUUGCCCAACUGUCCAUGCUCCUAUCCUUCACACGUCUCCAAUAACAUCGUCAGCCUGCUGGACGUGGGACAUGAGCGCUCCUUCCAGUGGAGGGAUGCUAGUGGCCCAAAAGAACGUCUGGAUAUCUACAAACCCUCUGCGCGGUCCUGCUUGCGUUCUGGUCUCUCAAAAAACGGCACCACCCUGGCUGCCCAACAUUGUUGCUAUGAUGACAACAAGCAAUUAAUUACAAGAGGUAAGGGGGCAGGUACCCCCAACCUAAUAAGCACAGAGUUCUCUCCGGAGCUGCAUUUCAAGGUGGAUGUAUUGCCCUGGAUUCUGUGCAAGGGAGACUGGAGCAGGUUUCACGCCGUCCGUCCACCCAACAACGGACUGCAUUGCAUGGAGAACCCCCAACAGGAUAUUUUCAUGAAUGAAUUGGAGGAGGCCAGAGAAUAUUAA